AUGCCCAUCACCGACAACCACAAAGUGCUAGCGGACCAGGUGAGCGCUCUGGCCAAGCGCGCCAACGAGGCGGGUGCCGUGGCGAGCGCGGCCGCUCUCUUUGAGGCGGCGCACGCUCUCUCCAACGACUGGACGAGCCGCGUCUCGGCCGCAAACAUGCGGCUCAAGCUCGGCGACGCGGCAGCGGCCUGCGCCGCGUACGAGAGCAUGCUCUGCGACGACGGCGGCUCAGCGAUGCCCGACCGGAUCAGGCAGCUCACCGAGCGCAAACGCGAGGAGGCGCUCUCGGCGCUGGCUGAGGCGGAGCGGGGACAGAGCUCACGAGCAUCGUUCUGGGCCACGCUGGGCGGUGAGGGCGGCGGCGGCAUCGCGGCGAGGACGACGACAGUGGCGCAGCGACGGAUCGAGGCCCGCUGGCGGGAGUCGGAGCCGGCCGCGGCGCCCGCCACCGCCGACGCGCUGAAGGCGGCAGGCAACGCGAGGAACCAGGCCGGCGACGCCGCGGUCGCGAAGCUGCUCUACUCCGCGGCGUACGCCCUCUCGGGCCGGCUCGAGCUGCGCCUGUCUGCGGCCAACAUGGAGCUCAAGGAGGGCGGCCCCGCACACGCCGCCGCGGCGCUUGACGAGUACGAUCGCAUCGCCGCCGAGGCGACGCUUCCGAGACACGCGGAGGCCGUCGGCCGGCCUCUGUCCCAGGCGCACACCUCCCUCCUCACGAGGAAGCGAGCCGAGGCAGCGGCGCAGAUUCGACCGGCGGCGGCAGCGUCCGCCGUGGACGUCUCGACCACUGCCGCCGCCGCUGCUGACGCCGAGCGCGCCGAGGAGCAGGCGGCGCGGGUGGAGAUGGCGGCGCGCGCGUCGCUGGGCGAGGAGGCCCCCGCGCCCGUCUCGCCGGCUUCGCCGCUAGAAAGCUUGCGCAGCAGCGAGAGCAUUCGCAGCAGCGAGAGCGUCGCCAGCGCGUCGGCCUCAGAGAUCAGCGCGGCCGAAGCGAGCGAGGCGAGGCUGGCGGCGGAGGCGGCCGAGGCGGCGGCGGUGGCAGAGGCGGAGGCGGCGAAGGCGGCGGCGGCGGCAGCAGUUGCUGCUGCUGCGGCGGCGGCGGAGGAGGAACGGGCGGCGGAGCGGGCGGCGGCGGAGGCGGCGCGGCGUGCGGCGGCGGAGCGGCACCUCGAGUACAUUGUGUCGGACGAGGCCGCGGCACGGGAGGCGGCGGAGGCGGCGGAGGCGGCGAUUCGAACGAGGGAGCGCGCGGCGGCGAGGGCAAGGGAGGAGUCGGAGGCGCGGCUCCGCAGGAGCGCGGACGAGGAGGAGGCGCGCAAGACGGCGCGCAAGACAGAGGCGGAGGCGGCGCAGCGGCGCGCAAGGGAGGAGCGGGCGGCGGCGGUCGGCCAGGCGGCGGCGGUCAGUGCGGCGGUUGCGGCGGCGCGGCUCGAGACGGAGGCGGCGCGGCGCGCCGAGGAGGAGCAGGCGGCCGCACAGGCGGAGUCUGCGCGGAGGACGACGGAGGCGACCGAGGCGGAGGUGCGGAGGGCGACGGCGGUCGCGCUGCUGGCAAACGGCCGGAUCGGGGAGGCGGAGGCGGCGGCGGAGGCGGCGGGGCUAGGAUCGAAGGUGCCGGCUCGGCGUGCCAUCUCGGAGGGGGAGGGGGAGGGGGAGGAGGAGGACGCGGUGGCGGACGAGGUUCUGUCGCCGUUUUCCCGCGGCACGCUGCACGCGCUGGAGAGGCUCAACACGGCGCUGCAAGACUCGCCCCGCAGCUCAUUCGCGCCGCCGGCAGGCCCCGCACGCACGCAAUCACAAGAGGCGCUCAGCGCCGCAGAGGCGGCGAUGGAGAGGCUCAAUGCGAUGCUCGAGGCGGACCCACGCAACCCUCGGGGCGGGAGGCGGGUGCGAUAG